CUUCCACUAGCGUUUACUACUUACUACCUCUCGUGGUAAUUUUUCAUUUUAAUUAAAUACUACAAAAAUGGAUUACCGUGCGUCGUUUCAGUAGCCUUUUUAGGAUUAUUAGCAACGUUGACAUUGGAUACACUCGCUUGUCGAUCGCUUUUUGCUGUAACCUUGAUGCUAUUUCCCCAACAAUGAUGCCAAAAUAUCUACUCAUUCACUGACACGAUUUACCUGAGGAUCACCUGCCAACGUGGACAUGUUUUUGCUUGUGCAACGUGGAACAACAUCUUAAAUUGACCUAAAAAUCCUUCUGGCAUUGGUAGCCAUCAUUGCAUCCUCCCUUUCUGCCCCUUAUCUGGAUUAAUUGUUUGGGUUUUUAUCAAGUUAUAAACAUGGAAUACGAGGAUAGAGCCAAGUUUGCUGCAGAACGCCUUUUGGGGUAUACAAAAGAUCCAUCCGGGUGGAAAGUGUGUAAAAAAUCCAAUGACGUGGUUGUGUCCUGGCGUCCCUCAGUUGAGUAUCCUGGAAAUGUAUACAAAGGGGAGGCGGUGGUGAACGGGGGUCUCCUCAAAGUGUGGGAGUGUCUCAAACCGAUCCCCAACGGCCUCAGGGUCAAAUGGGACACUAACGUCAAGAAAUUUGAGCUCCUGCAGCAGAUCACAGAGGAAGUGUCCGUCUGUCGUACUGUCACGCCCUCCGCCGCCAUGGGCAUCAUCUCUCCACGAGACUUUGUCGAUGUCAUUGUUGUUAAAAAGUACGAAGAUGGCACCAUUUCAUCCAAUGCGACCAACGUGCUCCACUCAUCGUGCCCCCCACAGCCGGGCUUCGUCAGGGGCUUUAACCAUCCGUGUGGCUGCGUCUGUGUCCCCGUGCCUGGAGAGCCGAACAAGACGCAGGUGUUCACAGUGUUCCAGACAGACCUGGGGGGGCUGCUCCCUCGCUCCGUCGUAGAGUCCUUCUUCCCCUCCAGCAUGACCGAGUUCUAUUCAAACUUAACCAAAGCUGUCAAGUCCCUCAAAGACUUCUGACAGGGCACGACAGGAGACCACAAGAAACCCCAGAAGACCACAGGAGACCACAGGAGACCACAGGAGACCACAGGAGACCACAGGAGACCACAGGAGACCACAGGAAGAACACAGAAGAACACAGAAGAACACAGGAGAUCACAGAAGAACACAGGAGCUAUAAGAGCCAGUAGACUGUUAACGGCAAGUAACUAUGGGGGUGUACUCACUGUUCUGUGUCCCAUAAAAGCAUAAGGCCUUAGUUUACCACAAUAUUACAACACUGACUUAUAUUUAAACCACUUGCCUGACCAGCCAGUCCAUUCUACAUUCUGUUUAAAUCCAGAAGGUUCUUUAAUCGGACCAUAGAGCGUGAAAAACCUCUGUCCAAACUUGCCGCUAAUUUGUAUCACAUCUCUUCUUGAAUUCUCAUAUCAUUCAGAACAAAAUAUAUAACUUUUACCUUAGAUAAUUAACAGUUUACUGCUUUGAUUGUUGCUGAAGUCCCCACUCUUUCUCAUUUCUCAGGAGUAAAAAAGAAAAAGAAAAACUAACUCCAGCUCCAGUAUGUUUGUUUUCACGCCCUCGGAAAUCGAAUAGACAGGAUUCCAUUCCAGACGCAUUCAUCUUUGUCAAAGCGUGCGGUUCAGGCUGGUCAGGGAAAUGAACCAGGGCAUCUCUUUUCACAAAUGUAGAAAAUAUUACAUUUACAUUCAAAGCACUUGCUCUAAAGAAUGGAAAACAACUGGAGUAGGAUCAAGUAGGGCUGGGCAAUAUGACUAACUGUAAUCUCAUGGUGACAUUUAGAUGUGUAAACUGUUUAUUUUAUUUACAUAUUUUUUACUCAAACUUUUAUUGUUUUUUUUUUUAGUUUUGACUUGAGCCUUACAUUUAUAGCUCCUCCAGUUUUUGAAAUCCUAAACUUAUACUCAACACAACUAAUAAGUAACCAUAUAUGGCCAAACAUUUGCCAUUUAAUUGGCUUUUGAGUUCAGAUCUGUACCUUUUGCUAGGCCUGUCACGAUUUGAAAUUUUGAAGCACAAUAUAAUAAUAAUAAUAAUAUUUAAAAUACUGACAAAAUAACAAUAAAGCUUUCCAACUUUCACCAGGUCUAAACCAGGUCUAUAUUAUAACUUUUCCAGUUCUUAAAGUGCACAACACCACUGACAAUGUUUUCCUAAUAAAAUAUUAUCCAAAGUAGGAAUGGGACAAUAUUGAAAUUUGGUGUCAUGAUUAUCAUGAUGAGAAUAACAGCGAUUAACGAUUAUGUCACGAUAAUCAUCAAAGAAUACAGAAGAAUACAGUUUAAAAUAUUAUGGAUAUGAAUAAUUUUAAGAAUUAUUUUAAUAUUAUGAAUAGGUUCCAGGUUUAAACAUCUGUUAUGGACUUUAUUAUAAGUAAAAACAACAAUGAUCUAGAAGAGACCAUCAUGGAUAUGUGGUCUUUUUCUUGCACAUUCUGACGAUAAAAUGCAGAUUAUUAUUUUUUUUAUUAUCACGUUUAUAUAGAAUGUCCCACUGAUGAUUAUUAUUUUUAAGAUAAACAUACUGAUUGUUUACUGUCCCAUCCUUACAGCUUAAAUUUUAUCGUAUUACAACAAAAAUAACAAAAUCUCCAAACUAUUGCAAAGAAAAGUACUCAUGAUAAAUAUCAAUCCCCAGAAGUUACAGCGAGGAGAAAAUUCAGUUUGUCUACUGCAGCUGCUUGGAUGAGCUGUGAAAUGUCUUCAACCAAACUAACUUUUGUCCAGUCGACAAACUGAAUUUUCUCCUCACCAUGGAUUCUACCUGGACGACUGAGGGAUUCUUCACACCCAGAAGUUAUAGUUCCAUCUUUUCAAGCAAUCAAUCAUUGCAUUUAUAUAGCGCUUCAUUGAUGGACAAGAGGCUGCCAAUCUGCGGCAUCGGCCCCUCCGACCACCACCGACACUCACACUACACUUUCUUACUAGUCGAUGCAGGUGAAGUGUCUUGCCUAAGGACACAAUGACAGUUUUUGUGACUGGUGCCCCCCUGUGGCACGUGAUUUUUCCAGCAAUCUCCCAUCCGAGUCCUACCCAGGCCCGGCCUUGCUUAGAUCCUGACGAGAUCAGACUUUGACAAGCUGCUGUGGCCUUUUAUUGAUAAGUGGAUAUAGUAAUUAUCGUGACAGGCUUAACUUUAGCACCAAUAAACAAACCCAGUGUCUCACGCUGUAUCUGUGUUGUCUGACAAACAGUGGUUUAAAUCUUUUUUUUAACUGUGCAUUGCGUAAAUUUUCUAGUGGAUGGUCCAUCAGAUGCUUUUCUCCAUGGAGAUGUUAUCGCUUCACCUGUAAUGUUUCACAGUGCGGUAUUAAAUUUUCCUAUCAUCAUGGAGCCCAAACUAGACCAAGUUACAGGUCAGAUCUGUGGUGAGGCAACUCCGCUCACAGCUUUUUUUUUUUUUUUUUUUACAUUUUUGAGCUAUAAAACCACCUGUAAUUGAAUAUAUGUAAGGUAGAGCUGUUUAAAGUCGGGUGCCGGACCCUCCACUAGAAAAGUUACAAACCACUCCUGGGUCUGCUGUUAACAUGCAUGUCAAACGGCCCUAGUCUUUUAUGCUGGAGCUAGAUUCAAUGACUUAUUAUUUUAAAUGUGUGUCAGCUAUGUAAUUAUGUACGUGUGGUGCGUUCACUGCCUCUUUUCAAAGUCCGACUGCAACAAAAGCAUGUUAUUGAUGUUAUAAACUGCUGCUGAAUAGUUAUUUUUAGACAUUUCUGUUUUGUUUUUUCAUAUUUACCACAAAUUAAGGAUCCAAUUUGGGCUGGGUACAGUUGAAUUUGUUUACAGUGCAGUAUUAUUAUUUGGAUUAAAAAAAUUAUAAAAAUGUAAAAACAAAUCCUUAAACGUAUUUUAAUUUAUGUAUUAAUUUCAUGCUGGAAUUAACUAGUAACUUUCUAUAGCGCUGUCUCACUGCCCUCCAAGACUAAGCUCAUUGAAAUUUUAACACUUUAAUAUUUUGUAAGCACAUGUAGACUUUUAUAGAUUUGGUUUUUUUUUUAGAAGUAGCAGCUCUUUCUACAUUUUAGAGCUGUUUUCAGUUCUUAAAUUUCCAAAAAUUCAAUUCACAUGACAUCGCAACAGCCUGGAAUUCCUAUAGUUUAAAGUGCCUCUACGACAGGCUCUCGUGAUUUGGACUUAAUUUACAGUUUUACACCAAUCAAGAAGCAAUUUGUGAAGGAAUCCUGUAAAAAUAUGUGUUCUAACAGUACCCAGCCCUAUAUCAGACUGUACGUGCAUAUGUUUUGAAGUUGAAGUCCUCGUCUUUCGCUCAGUGAUAACAAACAUAAAUGGACCAUGCCAGUGCUUAGCUCAGGUGCCAGAUUGAGAUAAAAGCCUCUUAAAUGGGGUCUCUUCUGGUUUCUACCUCAUCUACAGGUCAAUAGGAAAACAACUGGAGUAGCAAAUACGUGUAAACUAGUGUCAGGUGAAGGUGGGCAUACUUUGAAAAUGUAUUUAGUUACUCAAUACUGGAAAUCUGCAUUAUAUUUUGCAAUGUUUUCUGAUACAUGGUUCAAUCAGAGUACUGUGUUCUGAAUAGUUUUACUUUGAGUUGCAUUAGAGAAAAGACAACAUAACAAUUAUAAACAGUUUUAUGUUUGUUUGUUUGUUUGUUUGUUAUACUUUUAUUUAUCACUGUGUAUCUGUAUUCUGAAUGUCGGCAAGUUUAUAGGUGCACUGCGUAACCAUCUUGUCUCCAUGGAAAUGUUAUUGCUUUGCCUGAAAUGUCCCACCAUAUGGCAUUAAACAUAUACAUAUCUCUGUGAAGAUAACGCCAGUAGUCUAAGUUACAGGUCAGGUCUGCAGAGAGGAGACCCCUGCUCACAAGAUAGACAUUUGGGCGUUAAUAUUACCAAGAAUACAUCACAUCUUUUUAACGGUAACUCUGAUAAAGUUAUAAAAUAAAUAAGAGCAGAUUUGAAAUGAUGGGAAAUCCUCCCGUUGACAUUAAUGGGUCGAAUACUGUAUUUUUUGGACUAUAAGUCGCUGCGGAGUAUAAGUCGCACUAGCCAAAAAAAUGCGUAAUGAAGAAGAAAACACAUAUAUAACUCGCACUUUUGGGGGGAAAUUUAUUUAUAAAAUCAGAGACCAGGAACUGACAUUUCAUCUUGAAAGGCAAGUUCUAGUAAUAACAAUAAAACAGAGAACAACAGGCUGUUAAUGUCACAUAUGAACAGUUCUUCAGAUAAACUAUAACAUAAACAACAGAACAGAACAAGUUUAACAAACUCUCCAUCUCACUCCAAAUCACUAAAUCCACUCAAUUCUUCAUCCUCGGUGUCACUUCUGAGCAACUCCUCAACCUCUGGAGGUAAACAGAGCGCCGCUUCCUGGUCUGUGUAGCUGUUGUUAGACUCAGCAUCAGUUCCAUUUAGAAUUAUUCCGGCCUUUCUGAAUCCCAACAGGAUGGUUUCAGUUGUCACUGAAGUCCAGGCUUUGUCGAUCCAUCCAGUGACUUCCAGGAGCGUUGCAUAGUGCACCCUGCCAGUUGCUGUGAAUCUGUGUUCUCCAUCCCCACUUUCCUCCAGCUCCUCACAAGUUUCUCGCUCACUCUUUCUGCUGCUCAGUUACAGUUUUCGGCUGAAUAUUUCACUACUUGCAGCAGGACAGAGGCUCUUUCUGCAGAAGACAUGCGCAGUAGAGUGAAGUGUCAGUGGUACAGGAGUAAUAGGAGCAGCAGAUCCUGACACACAAGCCUAGAGCGCCCUCUUGCAGCUGUCAGGACCACCCAAACCAUGAAAAAAGUGCGACUUAUAGUCCGAAAAAUACAGUAGAAGUAAUUAGAAUGAAUGUUUUGCCCAAAUUGUUGUUUUUGUUCCAAUCCCUACCCAUCCUGCUCUGUGGAUUGUGGUGGAUUGAUAAGGAUGAUGAGACAGGAUGGAGGGCUAUGGAACCAGCCUCUAGAAUCUUUUCCAUUUCUUACAAAGAAAUUACAAAAUUAUUUAAAAAUCUAAAAUGAAUGGGUUAAAGGAACAUUAAAAAUUUAGACUAUAGUAAUAAUAAUGCAUGAUUUAUGAUCAGGGCAUUUUGAGCAAUAAAGACACCAGUAAUAUAAUAUAUGGAAGAUUUGUGGAACAAUCCAAGCAAAGCAAUAAAAUUUCUACAGAAGCCAGAAAAGUUACUUAGUGUAUCUUUAAAAUUAACGGUUCUAGGAUACAGUUACUCAAAACAUGUAUUCUGAAAAUGUAUUCUCUGUGCAUGUAUUCAGUUACUUCAUAACAAGGCAGGGCAAUAUGACUAUUUGUAAUCUGAUGCUGAGAUGAUUUGCUAAUUUGUUGAGUUGGUUUCAGUUUCCUGUUUAUAGGCGCCAUUUUGAGUACUUUUCAACAUUUAAACUAUUUAUUAAUCACUAUGUUGUUCGUUUUUCACCACUCUGAAACCCAUGGAUAUUGUGAUUACCGUAAGUACUUUUCAGUUUAAUGCACAGGGAAUAAAAAAAGAAAAAAUUAACUCUGUUGUGCUAUUAACAAUUCAAAACCAAUCUGAUACUUCCAAAAAUAUAGAGUUUUAAAUUGUAAUUUUUUAUUUAUACUACCCAGUGCCUCUCCUUAGUUUAAUUUUGUCAUAUUGCCCUCUCCUUAACUUAUAAUAACUCUAUCUGUAAGAAACAAUGCAAUGAACCCACGACGUAAAAGUAUUUCAUAUAUCGUUUUGACACAUUUGUUUUAGUUUAACUUUUAUUUUAAUUUUUUACUUUUUUUUUUUGCCUUUAUUGUAUACCUCCUAAUCAACCAAUCAAUCCAAAUAAUUGUACUGUAGAUUUUGUUCAUUUAUAUUGUUUUAUGUUUAUGUUUUACGUGACAGGGCAUGUGUGUGUAAACUACAGCAUGUCUGAAUAAAUCCAAACUGGAUCACUA